AUGUCAAGAGUAAGUGUACCAAUGGGCGUGUAUGAUUCUAACCAGCAGGAAUUGUCGCAAAUGCAGAUGGACGACGAGAACAUGCCGCAAAUCAGCGGGGUGGUGUCGGCAAAGGGACUGGCGACUGAAUCGCAGGCUAGACCAAGACAGUCUCUAACUCGUGCCAGAUCUGUGUUAACAGAUAUUGAUAGCAAUUCCGGGGUGAACGAGCCCCAAAAGCAAAGACAGAGUCUUUUGCACCAACAAGCACAACAAACAAGUAAAAACAGCACAGGUCAUGCGGUGCGGCCGUUGAAAGUUCGUGCUGACCAGGAAUCUUUGGAGAACGAAGCGAAGCGCGUGUCGUUGAAGAGACAAGCUACGGACUCUAGCAGCGACUUCCUGGAACAAGGAACCCAGGAGGUGAAAAAGGCCAAGGUGGAGCAUGAUUACAAGUGGGACGAUUUGGACGCGGACGAUGCGGAUGAUCCUCUCAUGGUGAGCGAGUACGUGAACGAUAUUUUUGAAUAUUUGCAUGAACUGGAAAUAAAAACGCUGCCUGAUCCAAACUACUUGCAUUGGCAGAGAAACCUGCGCCCAAAAAUGCGCUCUAUUUUGGUGGAUUGGAUGGUUGAAGUGCAUCUCAAAUUCAGAUUGUUACCCGAGACGCUUUAUCUGGCCAUCAAUAUAAUGGACCGGUUCAUGUCACGCGAAAGUGUCCAAGUGGAUAGAUUGCAACUGCUCGCUACUGGCUCGUUAUUCAUCGCUGCCAAGUACGAGGAGGUGUAUUCUCCAUCAGUGAAGAACUACGCAUACGUGACGGACGGGGGUUUCACAGAAGAAGAGAUUUUGAACGCGGAGAAGUUCAUUUUGGAAAUUUUGAAGUUCAACAUGAGUUACCCGAACCCAAUGAACUUCCUGAGACGCAUAUCCAAAGCGGACGACUACGACGUGCAAUCCAGAACCAUUGGCAAGUAUUUGCUUGAGAUCUCGAUCAUUGACCACAAAUUUAUUGGAUACCUUCCCUCUUUGUGCUCUGCGGCAGCGAUGUACAUUGCGCGCAAGAUGGUGGCCAAGAACGAAUGGAACGGCAACUUGAUUCAUUACAGUGGUGGAUACAAAGAAAGCGACUUGAAAGAGGUGAGCGAGAUGAUAAUAGACUAUCUUAUCAGUCCGAUUGUUCACGAGGAAUUCUUCAAAAAAUACGCAUCGCGUAAAUUCAUGAAAGUGUCGAUAUUGGCCAGACAGUGGGCCAAGCGAAUCACUAGCGAGGGUAAGAACAUCAUGGACGCAGUGCUGUGA